CCGGGUUACAUUCCUCCGGAGCGCCCGCUCAGGCCGGUUGUGACAUAGCCCUAAAACUUUAAGAGGAAUUUCUGCCGCGGGCUGAAAGAUCGAAGCGCUUCGGUUGCGAGGAGAGGCAGCCCCGCAGCCCCUCCCAGGCUUUCUCGGCUCUCCCGGGGCCAAGGGGUGCCCCCCCACCCCAGUUCGGACCGGACCCUCUCGGCCGCCCCGACCCCCCCCCGCCAUGGCAGCGCUGCCCGGGACGGUGCCGCGGAUGAUGCGCCCGGCUCCGGGGCAAAACUACCCUCGCACCGGCUUCCCUCUGGAAGUUUCCACCCCGCUGGGCCAGGGAAGGGUGAACCAGCUCGGAGGGGUUUUUAUAAACGGCCGCCCGCUCCCCAACCAUAUCCGGCACAAAAUCGUGGAGAUGGCUCACCACGGGAUCCGGCCCUGCGUCAUCUCCCGCCAGCUGCGGGUCUCCCACGGCUGCGUCUCCAAAAUCCUCUGUAGGUACCAGGAGACGGGCUCCAUCCGGCCCGGGGCCAUCGGAGGCAGCAAGCCCAGGCAGGUCGCGACUCCCGACGUGGAGAAGAAAAUCGAGGAAUACAAACGGGAAAACCCCGGGAUGUUUAGCUGGGAGAUCCGGGACAGGCUCCUGAAGGACGGGCACUGCGACCGGAGCACUGUGCCCUCAGUGAGUUCGAUUAGCCGGGUGCUACGCAUCAAAUUCGGGAAGAAAGAGGAAGAGGAGGACUGCGACAAGAAGGAGGAGGACGGGGAGAAGAAGGCCAAGCACAGCAUCGACGGAAUCCUGGGCGACAAAGGUAACAGGUUGGAUGAAGGCUCUGACGUGGAAUCUGAGCCAGACCUGCCCCUGAAGCGCAAACAGCGCCGCAGCAGAACCACCUUCACGGCCGAGCAGCUGGAGGAGCUGGAGAAGGCCUUCGAGAGGACCCACUACCCCGACAUCUACACCCGUGAGGAGCUGGCCCAGAGGACCAAACUCACCGAGGCCCGUGUGCAGGUGUGGUUCAGUAACCGCAGGGCGCGCUGGCGCAAGCAGGCGGGCGCGAACCAGCUCGCGGCCUUCAACCACCUGCUGCCGGGGGGGUUCCCGCCCACCGGGAUGCCCACCCUGCCCCCCUACCAGCUGCCGGACUCCACCUACCCGACCACCACCAUCUCCCAAGACGGGGGAAGCACCGUGCACAGGCCCCAGCCCCUGCCUCCCUCCACCAUGCACCAGGGGGGACUCGCGGCCGCCGCCGACAGCGGCUCAGCCUACGGAGCCCGGCACAGCUUCUCCAGCUACUCCGACAGCUUCAUGAACGCUGCAGCUCCUGCCAACCACAUGAACCCCGUCAGCAACGGCCUCUCCCCACAGGUGAUGAGCAUCCUGAGCAAUCCCAGCGGGGUCCCUCCCCAGCCCCAGGCAGACUUCUCCAUUUCUCCCCUUCACGGUGGCCUGGACACCAGCAACUCCAUCUCUGCCAGCUGCAGCCAGCGCAGUGACUCCAUCAAGUCCGUGGACAGCCUCCCGACUUCCCAGUCCUACUGCCCUCCCACCUACAGCACCACCAGCUACAGCGUGGACCCGGUGGCUGGAUACCAGUACGGACAGUACGGACAAACUGCUGUUGAUUACCUGGCCAAGAACGUGAGUCUGUCGACGCAGCGCAGGAUGAAGCUGGGAGAACAUUCCGCCGUCCUGGGCCUCCUACCAGUAGAGACAGGUCAAGCUUAUUGAAGAGUCCAACUGUGCCAACAACCUGCUCCAGCAACUUGGAACCACUGGAGAAAACACCACCAGCCUUCCAGAGAUCUGCCUGUACCCAGACCCUACUCCUUCCCAAUUCCCUUCCACCUCCACCAUCUUGAGCUGCAAAGGAGACGGGAAAGAGCAGGAGGGCUCUCCAAGUAUCCAGCUCCUCCAGAGCACUCCAGAGGCAGCUGUGGCCUCUGUGACCUGACUCCUCCUGUGGCCAGAGACAGUGGGUUGGGUACAUUUAUUAAUCCCGAGUUCAUGCCCUCCCUCUACUAAACUACCUGGCCAUGGCAUUUUGCCCACACUUAAGGACUUUCCAUUGAUCUAGGUAGUUGGCAUAGUCAAAGCCAAAUUGAUUUUUUUUUCUUUUUCUGUAAAAAAAAGAGAAAUGUUUCAUUUUGUUUCCUUUUCUUUCCAUUGCUGUAAAUUUGGUGAAUGUAUAGGAAGGAAUAACCAAGCUGAUCAUUAAGGGUGGUACAAAUCAGGACCACAGAAGACCUAUGGACCAAAUAUAAGAACUUGUUUAAAAACAAGAAGAACAAACCACAAAGACAAACAAACCCAGAAAAACAUAUAUUAAAGUGACAGCAAAUUUCCCCACCUCACUCUACCCUCCGUUCUCACGGGUGGCCUCCCAAAGCAGGGCCAGGUUGCUGCUAAGCAGGGGCAGGAUGGAAAUCCAUCCAGCCUGGGAACUUUGGAAAAUGUAAAUGGCUGCAUGAGGGCUGGAGAUGAUGGGCACAGGCAUGAGCAACAUUUACUUUUUCUUUUAUGGACCAAUUUAGAGCUGACUGUCACUGAAAGGACGUGGGCACCGGGAGCAGCAGGAGAUGGGACAGCACAGAGGAAGGGCAGCAGAUACACCCCAGAGCGCAGGAGCUGUUGCUCAUCUGGUUGAGAAGGGUGAGGGCUGUUGGUGGCCCUUCCUUCUCUCAGCAGGAGAGGAGUUGGCCCUGAGAGCAAAGACAAGAGAGGGCAGAGUCAGAGGUGUUUGUGAGCUCAGUGUGCAAAGCCAGGGUCUUCUGCAGGGCUCACCUGAAAGGAGACGGUGCCUGGUCUGGAGGUGCUUUGCCACAGUCUCUCACUGAGGGAUGGAUGUGGCCUGGCCUGAGGUAAAAGGGACCUGAAGAGCCUUUCUAGCAGCAGCUUGGAAGGAAAGGUGCUCUCAGAUGCAAGAUUGCACCUCUUUGUACUGCAGGAAAAUAUUUACCUUCCCGAGACAUUCCUUAUCCUUUGGCUGCCAGGAGAAAUGUUUGCCCCAUCCCUCCUCCUGGCUCUUCCCACACCCAUCUCAUUCCGUGUACUCUUCUGUACAACUCAGUCUCUUGGUCCUUUCCCUCUGCUUUCCAUUUUGGUGGUAGAGCCUCUCUCUUUCUUUCUCUCUCUCUAGGCCAGACCUUGUUCUGGAUUUGUCACCCCACUCUUCUCCAGCAGUGAAAAACAGUGCUCUCACUUUUGUGUCACCUCAUUGCACUGCUCAGAUAAGCACAGUUUAAAUAGUUUCCCUUUUGCAUGUGGGGGUGGAUGAUCCUUGAUGAUUCUUAAGCAUAUAUGUAAUAUUAUGGAUUUUUUCCCCUCACCUUCCUGUGUUGAGAGGAUUCACUUGAAGACAUUUGAUGUGGAGAGGGCAAGGAAAGCUGCCCCAGGGAUAAACACUGGGAUGCACAGAAUCUGUGCCACCAGGAGCUGGUGUGUGAAGUCCAGUGACAACAGGCAGUGUUUAUGUCAUCCAUGGGCUGUUGGAGUUUAUCAUACACGUACUGUUUGAUAUUUCUAGGAUAAUGAAUGUCUGCUUUCGGUCACUGGUGAUAAAGAGGGACCACGAGGUGGGAUGAGUCUGGCCUGGGUUGUUAAAGGAGACACUUUCCACUUGCUCUCUUUUCUGUUGCUGCUUCUUCCAUUCUUCCCAAAUAACCUCUUCUUGUUUUUGCAGCUGAAACAACAUUUUUCUGGGGAACUAUCCCCUGCCUUGCUCCAACAUCAUUUAUCAUGAACCACCAAGCCACUUCCCUUGAGCCAUAUGGAGAAGUACCUGUCCUGGCCAAAGCAGGGGUUGGUUUCUGAUGUUGCCCAGCAUCCUCUUGGAGCCACAUAUGGCUUCCAUCAGCUUUGCUUUACGGCUCUGACAGAGCCAGCUCUACAUUCCCAAAAGCAUUUUCAUACACCAACUUGGCCUCUCACAUGGAUAUGUCUGCACAGGAGCCCUGUGAGAGGUGACAUCUGCAUCCUGAGGCUGAUUCCUGUCCUUUAUGCUCCACAAAUCCCAAUUCAGCUUCUGCUUGUCCAGCUGUAUCACACACCAAGCUUCUCUCUAGUUGUGAAAAACAUUCCUUGGAUCACAAAGCUUUUGAAGCACUUGCAUUCUUCAUUCCCUUUCUCAGGGCAAUCUGUGGCACUUACAGCUGCUUGAACAGGUGAGGCCAAAGGGACUGAUUUCCUCCAGGUGACUGAGUAGCCAAAACUCCCUGGAUGAGCUGUGUUACCUGAAGGACUCUCCCUGCUUCGCUCUAGUUUGAAAUCUUGGAAAGCAACAAAAAACCCACUGGUUUAUAGUGUUUACAUGUUAGAGCUGAUCCCUGUUGAAUUCCAGUCCUGGCUUAAAAGCCGUUCCCAACAGUAACCUCCAGCCACACAUGAAGUGGGGAAUCAAGGGUGUCUCCAUGAUGGACACCAGUGAAGGUAUCAGUGACUGAAGCACCUGCUUGAACUUGCUCCUGUGCCUCAGCUUCCUCCUGAGCCAACUGCUAAAACAACAGAGCCCACCAUUUUCUUACAUUGAACAGUAUUUAAGAGGCCAAAUGCUGAUGAUUCCCUCCCUGGGAGCACCUUCAAACCUCCAUCCUCAUUGCCACUGGAACAUGGGGUUUGUAGCUGGUGAUCUCUUGCCCUGUUACUGCCCCAGCCAGUUGUGAUCCCUCGUCCCUUAUACUGAAAUUCCUGACCCAAUGCAUUCCUUGCUGCCUUCUGAACCAGAAGGAAAGUUCCAGUUUGUCAUGAGAAUUGCUUGUCCUGCUCUUAUCUCCUCUGUUCCCUUACCCACCCUGCUGCGCACACACAUCUCCAGGGAUCCCUCGCCUGUGGACUGUCGGUCCUCGCCGCACGGGCUCGCGAGGAGGACUCGACCUGAGCUCAGCACCCAGUGCAGGACCCAGAAAUCAAAACCGUUAAAAAGAGGGAGCACUGCAGAAACCUCUUUGCCAGUUACCUUCGCCAGAAAGUCCGUGGCCACCUGGGCACUGCUGUAAAUAGGAUUCUUAGAGGACUAUGAAAACCCCCCAUGCUUAGCACAAAUAGCUCUUCUCUGACCUUUCCCUUGUGGUCGCACUUUGUACAUUAGUUGGAAAUUUGGUCAUGUGCUGUAUGUUUAUAGAAAGUUGACAUUUUUUUUAUACUAAAAAACACAGUGAGUGCCGUGCUAGUUUAAAAAAAAAAAAAAGAAAAAAAAAAAGGAAAACCCCCCCAAAAAAGUAAAAAAAGGGGAAGGGGGAUGAACUGUAGAAAUUUGCCUAUUGUGUGUUUUCAAAGUACAUUCCAGAAUCUUUGGGGUGGGAUGGGUUUGAUUUUGGGAUUUUUUUUGUUUGUUUGUUUGUUUCUUUGUUUUAAGGUACGUUCAUGUAUGAAAGUCAAAGUAUUUUUUUGUUUUGUUUCGUUUUGUUUUUUGGAUUGCCAACCUCAGUUCUGCUGAAAAGAGACAAACU